AUGUCGUCCUCGAUCGUUUCGGGUCUCGAGCGGCUCGUCGCCGCGGUGCCGCGCGUGCGGCAGGUCUCGCCCGGGCUCGCGACGCCGCUGCGAGGAGGUCGCCUCUUCGCGCGCGGAUCGCUCCGAGGCGACGAAUCCUCCUCCUCCUCCGCGCCGUUCGCGUCCAAGGUGGUCUUCACGACGCGGCGGCUCGCGUCCAAGGCGCGGAACGUGAUCCCGAAGAUCCCGCCGCGGGCGGCGUUCAACGACGACGAGGGCGGCGCGACCGCCGGCGUCGAGGUCAUCGACCGCGAGAAGAUGGAGAAGAGCGACGGCGUCGUCGACGCGCCGCCGCCGCUCCCGUCCGCCCAAUACUCGCCGACCCCGCCGGACCUGGACGCGAUCAUGGAAGCGGCCGCGGAGUUUAAGAUCAACCUCCCUCCCUCGAUCGCGUCCGUCGCGGACAAGGUGAAGACGGAGGUGAAGAAGCUGCGGGCCAAGGGACGCGAGCUGACGUACCCGCCGCUGCCCGUCGUGCAGACGUUCGACGAGCUCUUGCGGUUCGCGCACGUCGCGGCGCUGAACGGCGCGCCGAAGGAGACCAUCGAGGCGUUCUUCGACAAGUCCGGCGAGGACGUAGUCGUCAUCGAGCUCGAGAGCGUGAAGCAGAAGCUGUUCAUCGCGACGAACCACGCGUCCAAGACGCACACGAUAUCGUUCCGAGGGACGACGAACCUCACCAACGUGGUGCAGAACAUCCGUCUGAGCUCCAACCCGGUGCGCGCGUCCGGGAGGCUCGCGAGCGUGGGGCGGUCUCUCUCCGGCGCGUUCGCGGGGCUCCCAUCUAUGCCGCGGCUGGGCAUCGGCGGCAUCGGGGGCCCUGGUCGGAGCGACGAGAGCGAUAAGGACGGCGACGGGUCCGGGUCGUUCGAUGAGGACGACGACGACGAAGUGUGCGCCAACAUCGACUUCGACGCGCCGGACGGCGAGUACGCGCUCAGGGGCUGCACGGACCACCUCCCCAUGCACCGCGGGUAUCGCAUCGUCGCGAGGGCGUGCCGCGACGCGCUCGCGAGCUACGUCGUGCCCGGGUACGACGUGCAGCUCACGGGGCACUCGCUCGGCGGCGCCGUCGCCGUCGCCGUCGCGCUGUUGUAUCAGUCGGCGGGGGUGAACGUCGUCAAGGUCGUGACGUUCGGCGCGCCCAAGCUCGGGCCGAGAGAGACGCGCGAAGCCGCGGAGACGCUGAACAUCUUGAGGGUGGUGCAGAAGGACGACAUCAUCCCGCUGCUGCCGAUGUCGCGGCCGUUCGUGCGGAAGCCGUACGUGCACCUGGGCGAGGGCGUGAUGUUGGACAACGACACGCCGGGGCGGUACGCGAACCUCACGAACGAGUGGGGCACCGCGGGGAUUUUGUGGCGGCAACAGGCGCACUUGGGGUACGCGUCCGGGAAGAUGGAUCGCGCCGCGGUUGCGGUGGAGGAGGAUCGCGGCGGCGGCGGGCUCGGGCGCGGGCGCGACGUGGACGUCCUCGUGUCGGCCGACGACGCGGACGCGGCGAUCGGCAGCGUCGGCGGCGUAGGCACUGGUAUCGGCGAGGAGAGGGAAGGACGGUGGGCCUCCGCGAGGAAGCGCCUCGCGUCGCUGCGUGCGAACCUGCGCGAGGGUAUCGCGACGAGGGUCGCGCGCGCGGGGGAAGUCGUCGUCGCGGCCACGCCCGGCGUCGGCGUCGGCGGCGUUGUCGCCGCGGCGUCGGCGUCCGUCGCGGCGAAAAGCGGGGACGCCUCCGCGGCGGCCAACGCGUUCAACCUCCAGGCGCUGCCGAUGUCCGAGAACGAGUGGGCCGCGGAGGUCGCGGAGUGGGCGCACGCGCCUCACGAGAACUCCGCGGCGACGAGCGCGAGUCUCUCGACCUCGGACCCCGCGCCGUUCGACGACGUCGAGGGGGAGCUGUUCGUCCGGCUCGCGGAGACUGAGGGCGGCGCGGGCGCGGCGGCGGCUGCGGCGGCGACGGAGUGGGAAAAGGCGACGUCCAGGGCGGACGCCGCGGAGAGCGACGCCAGCGUCUCCGCGGUGGCGGCGGUCGCGGCGGCGAACAACAUCGUCGCCGCGUCGGAUCAGAUCGCGAACGACCGCGCCGGGCCGACGAUCUUCCAGGCGCUGUGGCGGCUCCGGUCGCAGCCCGCGAUGGAGCGCACGGAUCGUCUGGAGUCGCACCGGAUGCGUCGGUACGUCAAGGCGAUCGAGGCCGCGAUGGAGGCUGGGCCGGUGCAGACGUCUCUGAGGGGGGUGUACACCGGUCAGCUGGAGGACGACGUCGGGCUCGACAUGGAAGAGGACGACGGCGACGGCGGCCUCGCGUCGUGGAUGUCCUGGUCGCGAUGACGGGACCGAGGGAUCGACGAACGAAGAAGACGGACGGCCCUGAAAAGAAAUGGAAAAAAUGGAAAAGAAGAGAAAGCGGAAGCGCGCGCGGACGUCAACACGGUCUUGCGUUGACGACCCGAAGCCGCGGCCGACGAACGAAAAAUACCUACGAAAAUAAAUAAAUAAACACGUUGC